CUUUUGUGCUAAUGACGAGGAAGACACAGGAGGCCUACCAAGGUGUUUUCAUAUUUUUUAAACAAUUAAUUCCUGAUUAGAAUCCGCAGGUCAUUUUGACUGAUUUUGAAUUGGCUAUGAGCAAUGCUGCUCAGUUAGUAUGGUCUAAUGCUCGAGUAGCCGGAUGCUUCUUUCAUUUUGCACAGGCAAUCUAUCGCAUGCACAGGCAGCUUCGCCUCCAACACUUAGUUGACACCAACGUAGAGGCUGCUAAGACUCUUCAGAUGUUGAUGUCAUUAGCUUUGCUGCCUGCUGAAAGAAUAGCACUUGGCCUCAGGGUCAUAGCUCACUACUCAGUGCUGCACGGUCUGGCAGCCAGAUUCAGAAUACUGCUUCGCUAUAUGGAAAAUUUCUGGAUGCGGAUGGUCGGUGCGAAUCGAUUUAGCGUGUUUGGCGAGCCGCACCAGACCAACAACGCUCUGGAGGCGUUUCCACAGCAGCUUAUUAAGGGACAAUGGGGCCACAUCCUGGAGUGUGGAAGUUCCACGGUAAAAAGUCUUUUGCCGUUUCUUUAG